AUGCGCCUCGCCCACAUCCACUACCCUGACAUAACCUCCUUCACCCGAGUCGCCAACCUCCAACAAACGCUCACCAGCCGCCUCCUCUCACACAAAAAGAACCUCACCCCAAACCCUCCAGACCCAACCAUCAUAACCUUCACCCCGAACCCCGUCUACACAACGGGACGCCGCGACCUCCCACCCUCCAACACCAGCCACCCCUCCAACAACGGCAAUCUUUCCCUGCCUCCGUCCCUAGAACCAAUUCGCUCUCUCCUAAUCCCACCGCGCACAACCUCUUCCCCACCCGCAACCAAAGUUGCAGAAUACCAUCCCACCCUGCGCGGCGGACAAACGACUUACCAUGGCCCCGGACAAAUGGUCGCAUACACGAUUCUCGAUCUCCGACGACUUGGACUCACCCCGCGAUGCCAUAUCCGGCUAUUGGAGAAUAGUGUGAUUGAGGUGUUAAAGGGGUAUGGGGUACGGGGAAUGGUGACGGAGGAUCCGGGGGUGUGGGUGCAGCCUCCUGGCAAGGAGGGAGAAGAGGGAGAAGGGGAGUUGCCGAGGAAGAUUACGGCGGUGGGGGUGCAUUUGCGGAGACACAUCAGCAGCUAUGGGAUUGGGUUGAAUGUGACGGACGAGCCGAUGUGGUGGUUUCGGCAGAUUGUGGCGUGUGGGUUGGAGGGGAGGGAGGCGACGAGUUUGCGGGGCGUCGGGGUGGAGGGGGUGGAGGUGGAGGAGGUUGCUGGGCGGUUUGUGGGGGCGUUUGUUGGGAGGGUGAAUGCGGAUUUUGCGUGUGGGGAGGGGGCCAGAGGGGAGAAGAUUGAGGAGGUGUAUAGUGUGACAGAAGAGGAUUUGCUUCGGGAGUAG